CAUUUGCACAAAGACCACCGUGCAGUCACAGUCUUCUCCACGCUGUGACUGGCUCCACAGAGCGCUCCAGUUUGGAACUACAUUGCAUGAACCUGCGCACCUUUUAUACAGGUUUCCUGACCGACCCUCAGUGUUGCGCUUCUGUCCGCUUUCCAGCAGAUAAUCCGACCCCGAAAGCUACCGGGCCCCGUGAACACUGAAGCUGCGGGAGUGGUCUAGAAACUUUUGCCAUCAUGAGCAGGCCAACGGUCAACCUUGAUACCUACAGCCUGUCGCUGCUCACAGCCAAAGAGGACAUCCUCAACCCUCGUUCCUCCACUAACUGGGCUUUAUUUACAUACGAAGGGGUCUCCAAUAAGCUCAAACUGGCUGACUCAGGAGCAGGUGGUGUUGCAGAACUGGCAGGGAAGUUUCACAUCUCAAAACCUCAGUAUGGACUGUGCAAAGUGGAAAAUGCAGAGGCAGGCCCCCCUCGGAUUGCAAUGAUCAGCUGGGUCGGUGAAAAUGUCGAUGACUACCGAAGGACAGAAUGUGUCAACCACAUCCCGGCAAUCAAAAACUUCUUCAAGGAAGCACAUGCUUUCAUUACUGCAGAGAAAGUGGAGGAUGUGACAGAGGAGAAGAUAAAAGCUGAGCUCAGCAAGGCCCAGACUCAUACUCCUACACAGUGGGUGAGAAGGAGUUCCAGGUCUGCAGACAAGGAGGAAAUUGUGGGUACAAACUACAGGAAAACUAAUGCUGCUAUGGAGAUGAGACUAAUAAACAGAGACUCGUUCUGGGCACGUGCAGAGCGUGAAGAAGAAGAGAGGAAAGAAGAGGAGAGGAGAAGAGCAGCAGAGGAGAGACGGCGCUUAGAAAGAGAAAGAAUUCUGAAGGAGCGAAGAGAUGCAGAAGAGAGAGACAGAAAAAUGAAUGAGAAACUACAGAUGAUUGAGGAGCAGAGAAGAAAACAGGCAGAACAAGAAGAAGAGCUGCGUAAAAAGGAGAAAUUUAAAUGGGAGCAGCAGCAAAGAGAGCAUGAGGAUGACAUGAGGGCUCGUCUCCGAAGGAGUGAGUCUAUAGAGAAAGCAGCAGAGGCAGCAGCAUUAGUAUCCCAACGGCCCAUGAACCCAAGGGAGUUCUUCAGGCAGCUGUCAUCAUCGUCAUCACAAAGUCCCACCAGCCCUGGAUCCUCCCGCACUGGCAAACCAUUCAGAAGAUACCAGCGGAGCUUGACAGAUACAGCCUUCAUCUUCUCUAAAGCUGAAGAAAGUGCAGCUUCUUCUCCUCACAGUUCUCCUUUGGUCUCCCCUUUUUCAUGGGUUCCACCCUCCCCCAUUUACCGUUCCAUGUCACCCCUUAAAAGCCCUGAUUUCUGUUCUGUCAACUCCCCACAAAGGGCCAGAGCCCCCGUGACACCACCCACAUCCCCUCUUAACCCUGCACCUCCAGUCUCAGCUUUGCCCAGCUUUCCACAAACGAAUGACCAAGAUCAGCCAAAAGCUCCAUCACCAACAGAACCAUCUGCACCUCCAGCUUCUCCAAGUCUCUUGGUUUCUUUGUCACCCAUUUUAAAAAAAGACAACCCCUCUCAGCUGCAUUCAGAGGCCAUACCAAUCUCACCACCAGUCGUCCCGAACCAGUCAGAGGACCCAGCUUUGAACUUUGAACCAGGAGUGCCCUCACAGAUUCCAACAGCUCCUCCUCCAGAGAGUCCACCACUAUACACAGCAGAUCUCAACACAGCAAAUUUUGUGAAUUCUGAGCUUGUCUCAGACACUGGUUACAAAGUACAGGCUGUACUGGUGGAGGAGGAAGAAGAAGAGGAUAUGGAGGAACAUGAUGAAGAGAAUGUGAAGGAACAUGAGGAAGAUGAGCCUGAAAUGCAGCCAGAGCUAUGUGCCGUUACCACCAAACCAUCGCAGACUGAGACAGAGGAGCUAGAAGAGGAGGAACAGGAGGAGGAAAAGAAGGAGGAAGAACAGGAGAACGAGGACAAGAAGGAGAAGGUGGGGGAAUUACCAGAGGAAACUGAGCUUACAUCUUUAGAGGAACCAGUAGAGAUGAUGCAGGUAAAAGAGGAGGAAGACGAAGAUGCAGAAGAGAAUAACCAAUCAGAGGACACUAAGCCUCUUGUUGAGCCUGCUGUGUUUUCAGAGAAAGAGGAAGAGUCAGAAGUCACAGAUCUCGAGGCAAUUUGUCAAGACAUCAAACAUGACACUGUAACCCUGCCAACCAAUGGAAUCAUAAACAGAGACAUCACAGAAGAACAGAACGGCACAGUGAGAUCUUUGAGUCCAUUCAAUACGGAUUGCAGCACAUCUGACCUGAAUGUGUGCUACAGUCUUUACACUACUGCAGAGGAGGACAGCAACAUGGAAGAUAAGGAGCAAGAGAUCUCAGAAAAUGGACAAGAGGAUUUACCUGAGAAACAUAUGUGUGUCCGAGCUCUUUAUGACUACCAAGCAGAGGACGACUCAGAGAUCUCCUUUGAACCAGGUGACAUCAUCAGGGAUGUGGAGACAGUGGACAAAGCCUGGUGGAGGGGGUGGAGCAAAGAUGGCCGUCAAGGCUUAUUCCCUGCCAAUUAUGUGGAGACCAUAUAGGCAGGCAGACACACUACACACACACACACACACACACACACACACACACACACACACACACACACACACACACACACACACACACACACACACACACACACACUCAGGGACACCUUCUCUCCUCUUGUUUCUGCAUGUUUUACCUUAAUCCUCCCACUGAAACUUUAUACUUUCUCUUCUGUAGGAAGAAUAAAGAAACAUGUGACUCCCUGUUUUGUAGAAAGCAUAAAGAAAAGUUUGACUCUCUGUUUUGAUGUUUUUGAGGAAAACACAAGUAUGCAGAAAUUACCCAGCCUCAUUUUCAUGUAUGAAAAAACAAAUACCUUUUCCUGGACCAAAAUAACUUAUUUUCUUUUGAGAUACUGUGGAAAUGUUGGUGGGAGAGAUGGGAUCACAACAACAAAUGAUCACAAACUAGCUCUUCUUCUAAGUAACACAAACAUUUUUAAGUGUAUAGUCUUUUGAUCUACAUAUAUAACAAGGAUUCCUCUGCUCACCAUUUGUAGCCAUGUACCAGAUAUCCUUCUAUAAUCAUCUUUGUGUAUUUCACGCAUUAAUUCAUAGCACUGUAUUCAUUACUGACAGUCUCACAGCAUGGUUUAAUUAUCCAAACCAGAACAGAAGCAGAGCAACUGAUGAAAAAACAGAGGAAAAUGAUGUUAUACUUGACACCUGUAUAACCCUGUAUUUUGGAUGGGCUGUAUUUUCUUACCAUAGUUUUGUCCUUUCAUACAUUUUGUUUUGUGUUUCAUGUUUCUUACUUUUUAACUAAAGAAUAAAUUUUGUUAACUCAGACAAAGAUAUGAAAAGAAAUUGUCCAUUUUAAUCACCUUCAAUGUCAGUAUACAGACAAUACACUGUAUAUAAGAAUGUAUAAAAGACAUCAACGAUUGUCUCUUUUUUUCUAUUCUUGGUUUGUAUGUUUGUAUGUUGUAUGCUUGUUUCAUGGCAUAUGUUUUUGUUUUUUUGUAUUUACUCCAAACUUACAAAUAUAUAGCAUCUAAAAAGUUUAACUUCUCAAAAAA